GGCACUUGGGAGUGGUCUGCGUCUUGACUAUGGUGAUGGCAACACAACCCUUUCCCUCGAUUUAAACUUACUCAUUUGUACAAGGAUCCUGGGCAGUGCUAGAAGCUUGUACAAGGUAGAGUAGGGGGGUCAGUGACAUGGUCACUGUCACUCACUGCUGCCUGGGCUGGGCGAGGUGCUCAGGAAAGCCAGGGGAUGAUGUUUGAGAAGAGUGACCAGACCAAGGGGGCAUAGCAGGCGCAAGGCAGGGAAGCAUGAAGGAGCCUGACAAGGUGAGCAACCUCUGCCACCCCCUGGACUGGCCAGACCUCCUCUGAGGUGGGGCAGUCACAGCCCAGAGUCUGACAGGGAACCUCUAGGUCCUCGCGCGUUCUUUGUACAGGAGUCAGGCCUGAGCUGCUGAGCACUGGGGUGGAGAGAGGGGAGUGUGCACAGCUGGCCACUCUCCUGUUGGAGCUGCCAGCCCUCUGGCUGAGCCUUCCAGUAACCUCUGGCUUGCAAGGCCCUGCCCUCUUCCUGAGUCUCUGCCUCCUUCAGCAGGGCCGACUCGCCAGCCAUCUAGUCAGCCCUUCUCUCCUCUCCUUGGCCUUGCUUCUUUCUGAGUUGGGUGUCUUUGGGGUCCCCCACCCUGGAAAUGUGGGUUCUGGGAAAUAGCACCAGCUUUGGAGUCCCAGAGAACUAGCUUUGCAUUUUAGACCCAGAAUAUGAUAGUUCUUGUGACUUCUUUGAGCCUCAGUUUCCAUGUCUACAAAAUUGUAGCUAAACAUGUCUUCAUCUAAAGAUUUUAUUCAUGGAAACACCAAAUCAGGUGAGGUACACACUGAACUGUCUGGUGCUCAGGAAGUGUUUUUGAGGUGACCUUGAGAGUUCUUGCUGAGUGAGCCCAUGUUGAACCCAAGUGCCCAAGACUCCAUCACUGGCUGCUUGUGGCUUUUCAAAGUAUGUCACAGAGUAUCACUGCCUGACAAGUCCUUGGCCCCACUUCCUGUAUGCCACUUAGCUCCCCACGGCUGCCUGCCAGGCUUCCACCUGAGUCCAGGCUCCUGCCCUGGUGCCUUGUCCGUCUCAAGAGCAUGAAGCUCCAGCACUCAUGUUCUUAACCACCAGAGAGGUUAUCUGCAAUCACAGCUUCCACCGUGGCCCAGUGCUGUGUGAGGUGCUCUCUAGCCAUUGUGCUCUGCCAGCGUAACUGCAGUUCUCUGAUGUUGGGAUUUUAUCUUUGAUUUACAGACAAAGAAAUGGCGGGUCAGAGAGGUUUGGUCACAUGCUGGUAGGUGGUCAAGCCAGGAUUUGAGCUUUGGGCUGUCUAAUCCCAAACCAAACUGUGCUCUUUUCAGGCUACUGAGUGGCAUCCGUCACAUUUCCUGAGCACCUGGGCUGUCAGCACUUCCCACUAUACCUCAUUUAAUUUAACGAGGACCCAGGGAGGCAGAUGCUGUGAUUGCCAUUAUACAGAUUAGGAAACUGGGGCUCAGCAGGGCAGAGUCAUGGCACAGAGUACCCUAGGGAUGCAGCCAGACUCACCCAGGUCAGUGUGAUCCCAAAGCACAGGUCUUUAUGCCUGCAGGCCAUGGGUUAGCUCUUUUAUCUCUUUUGUCAUUGCUUUCAUGUCUCCUUUCUUUCCCUCUUUGGGUCCUAUUGUUUCUUAGCGACUGACAGAAGCAUUUCAUACUUUGGGUUUAUUAAUUAAGCCUUUCCUGCCAGAGUUUGCUGUUUGCCCUUCUGGUGGGUUUGACCUACUCUCAGGUGUGGACCCUGACUUUAUCCUUGGUUCCCUCUGGAAUUCGGGGUGGGGUGAGGGGCAGUGAUGAAGAUCACUGGACUUUAGGGAAAUGUGGGAAUAUGGAGAUACAGUUGCAGAAAUACGAGUAGCCCUGGAACGCCAGGCUUUGAUUCUGCCCUUUAAUGUCAGUCUCACGCUCCUCUUCUCCUCUUUCUCCUGCUCUAAAUUUUUAGAAGACAAACUAAUCAAGAAAAACAUUCUGUGCUUUUCCUUUUUAUUUUUCUUUGGUCUUUGCUCUGUAAUAGGAAGACUGUAAGAAAUGCCUACAGAAGGGCUUGAAUUGGGAAUAGAGCUUUGGUGACGGGAACUGAUGGCUAGACAUCAGGUAGGUGGGAACAUUGAUGGGAUUUGGUGAAUACUUCUUGGUGCCCUUCCAGGGGAGGAGUCAAAGGUGAAAGGGUGGCCAGGAGGGUGUUGUGCCCUGGAUCCCUGGGGGAGCCUGGGAGGCUGGUUCUGUUCAGUGGGAGGAGAGUUCCUCUCUGGGACAUAGUGGCUUGACGGUUCAGCUGAGCUUCUGAGGCUUCCACCAGAAUGGGCCAGGGAAGAGUGGCCCAGGGCAAGUGCAAUUUGGGUGGGGCAUGGGGUUUGGAAUUGUUGGAUGCAAGAAACAUAGAUUUGAUCAGGGUAUUUUUUUAUUAUUGCUCUUUAGUUCAGGAUUCCUUAGGAAGCCUUCUGGAAUGCUGAAUAGUCAGCUGUCCUGCGGUCAGGUCCUUCCUUUGUCUCUCCUGGGCACACUCUCCAUCUCUUUCAUCUUCCCUUGCCUCCUUCUCCUUUGCUAUUAGUUGGGUCAUUCUUCUUCUUCUUCUUUUUUUUUUUUUCUGAGACGGGGAGUCUGGAGUGAAGUGGCACAAUCUCUGCUCACUCGUCUCCACCUCCUGGGCUCAAGUGAUUCUCCUGCCUCAAGCCUCCGGAAUAGCUGGGACUACAGGCAUCCGCCACCACACUCAGUUAAUUUUUUUUUUUUUGUAUUAUUAGUAGAGAUGGGUUUUGCCAUGUUGACCAGGUUGGUCAUGAACUCCUGACCUCAGGUAGUCCAUCCGCAGCGGUCUCCCAAAGUGGUAGGAUUAUAGGCGUGAGCCGUGGCACCCAGCUGCAUCGAGUCAUUCUUCUGCGUGUUCCUGACUGGCCCUGGUGGCUCCCUUAUCGCAGGGCUUCCUGAGUUUUUUCUGUGUGCGCGGAUGAGCAGGUGGGAGGUGCUAUGUGACAUGAGGGUCUCUUGCCCAGCACUGGGUGUGUUAAGUAUUGUUGGACUGGCCAGGUGUGGUGGUUCACGCCUAUAAUCCCAGCACUUUGGGAGUCCGAGGUAGGCGGAUCAGUUGUGGCCAAGGAUUUAAGACCAGCCAGGUUAACGUGGUGAAACCCCAUCUCUACUAAAAAUACAAGAGUUAGCCAGGCGCGGCAGCCAGCACCUGCAAUCCCAGCUACUCUGGAGGCUGAGGUGGGAGGAUCGCUUGAACUUGGUGGGUGGAGUUUGCAGUGAGCGGAGAUCGUGCCACUUCACUCCAGCCUGGGCGACAGAGCGAGACUCAUCUCCAAGACAAAACAAAAAAAUUGUUAGAUGAGGUUCCUGACUGAGUGAAAGUCAGAAUUUUUAAUGUGCCCGAGAAAGAUACGUGGCACUCAAGUUUUCCUAGACUUGGGGCGCUUCUCGCCUGUGACUUCCUGAGAUUGGAGCCGGCUCCGGGACACCUAGGAGGGACCCCUUCUGGGCGGGGUGGGGGCGGCUACGAGCCAUAGGCCACACCGCUUCAGAGUGCUGGUUGGUCUGUGGAUGGCAUCAUGUGCUCAUUCUGGACAAAUCAGAGCCUUCUGUGGCUGCAGGACGCCCGUCCCACCUGGGCAGGGCUGUGACCCGCAUUGGAGAGAAGCGUGGGUGGGUGGCGCCUGCCGGGGAUAAUUAGGGUGGUUGGGCUGCCUCGGAGAGUGCGGGCGUCUGUGAAGGAAGGAUGUAGGUGGAGAGGAGGUGGUCUCACCUCCGCAUGCUCCGUGAAAAGCGGCGGAGGCAAGGCGCAUGGCGUCCUUCCCACUCUGCUAUGGUGGAGGCUUACGAGAAAACACGGCCAUCUUUAUGUGUAAAUGUUGUAACCUUUUCUCACCAAAUCAGUCGGAACUCCUCUCCCAUGUUUCAGAGAAGCACAUGGAUGAAGGGGUUAAUGUUGAUGAGAUUAUUAUUCCCCUUAGGCCUCUGAGUACACCUGAACCUCCCAACUCAAGCAAGACUGGAGAUGAGUUUUUGGUCAUGAAGAGGAAGAGAGGCAGGCCUAAGGGGUCCACGAAGAAGCCCAGCACAGAAGAGGAACUGGCAGAAAACAUCGUGAGUCCAACAGAGGACAGCCUGCUGGCUCUGGAGGAAGCGAACAGCCUGCCUCCGAGCAGCCUGGAGUGCAGCAAGUGCUGUCGAAAGUUCUCCAACACGCGCCAGCUGCGGAAGCACAUCUGCAUUAUCGUGCUGAAUUUGGGUGAGGAGGAAGGAGAAGCAGGUAACGAGUCUGACCUUGAACUAGAAAAGAAGUGUAAGGAAGAUGAUCGAGAAAAGGCCCCGAAAAGACCACGGUCACAGAAAACAGAGAAAGUCCAGAAGAUCUCAGGAAAGGAGUCCGGACAGCUUUCUGGGGCGAAGAAACCCAUCAUAAGUGUGGUUUUAACUGCACAUGAAGCUAUUCCAGGUGCUACCAAGAUUGUGCCAGUGGAGGCUGGGCCUCCUGAAACAGGAGCUACAAGUUCUGAGACCACUUCAGCAGACUUGGUGCCUCGGAGAGGGUACCAGGAAUACGCCAUUCAGCAGACACCUUACGAGCAACCAAUGAAGUCAAGCAGGCUAGGUCCCACUCAGCUCAAAAUCUUCACUUGUGAGUACUGCAACAAAGUCUUCAAGUUCAAGCACUCGCUGCAGGCCCACCUGAGGAUCCACACCAAUGAAAAGCCAUACAAGUGCACCCAGUGUAGCUACGCCAGUGCCAUCAAGGCCAACCUCAACGUGCACCUGCGUAAGCACACUGGCGAGAAGUUCGCCUGCGACUAUUGCUCAUUCACCUGUCUGAGCAAGGGCCACCUCAAGGUGCACAUCGAGCGGGUGCACAAGAAGAUCAAGCAGCACUGCCGCUUCUGCAAGAAGAAGUACUCUGAUGUCAAGAACCUCAUCAAGCACAUCCGAGAAGCGCAUGACCCUCAGGACAAGAAGGUCAAGGAGGCCUUGGACGAGCUCUGCCUGAUGACCAGGGAGGGCAAGCGGCAGCUGCUCUAUGACUGCCACAUCUGCGAGCGCAAGUUUAAGAAUGAGCUGGACCGCGACCGCCACAUGCUGGUCCAUGGAGACAAGUGGCCUUUUGCCUGUGAGCUCUGUGGCCAUGGGGCCACCAAGUACCAGGCGCUGGAGCUGCAUGUCAGGAAGCACCCCUUCGUGUACGUCUGUGCCGUCUGCCGCAAGAAGUUUGUCAGCUCCAUCAGGCUGCGCUCCCACAUCAAAGAGGUGCAUGAGGCUUCGCAGGAGGCCUUGGUCUUCACCAGUUCCAUCAACCAGAGCUUCUGCCUUCUGGAGCCUGGUGGGGACAUCCAGCAAGAAGCCCUGGGGGACCAGCUGCAGCUGGCGGAAGAGGAGUUUGCCCUCCAGGGCAUGAAUGUACUCAAGGAAGAGGCCUGUCCUGGGGACACUCAGCUGGAGGAGGGCCAGAAGGAGCCAGAGGUGCCUGGAGAAAUACCUGCCCCAGCUAUGCAUCUGGCUUCCCCGCAGGCCGAAAGUGCAGCCCUGCUGCCCUGUCAGCUGGAAACCACUGUGAUCUCCUCCUCAGACCUGCAUUCUCAAGAGGUGGUUUCAGAUAACUUUUUGUUGAAAAAUGAUAGCUCUUCUGCGGAGGCUCAUGCUGCUCCUGAGAAGCCCCCGGACACACAACAUGCAGACUUAGUCCAUACGCAAGGCGAAGUGAUCACGCUACUGCUGUCCAAGGCCCAGAGCCCUGGGUCAGGCCAGGAGAGCCAGGGUGCUCAGAGACCUCCAGGGGAAGGGCAGAACAUGGCUGCACUUUCAGCUAGUGACCCAGAUCCUAGCAGGUGUCUCAGGUCAAACCCAGCUGAGGCCUCCGACCUCCUCCCUCCAGUAGCUGGUGGUGGGGACACUGUCAUGCAUCACCCUGACUCUUGCAAAGCUGCCCCUGAGCACCGGUCUGGCAUCACUGCCUUCAUGAAGAUCCUGAACAGUUUACAGAAGAAGCAGAUGAACACCAGCUUGUGCGAGCGGAUCCGGAAGGUUUACGGAGACCUGGAGUGUGAAUACUGUGGCAAACUGUUUUGGUACCAAGUGCAUUUUGACAUGCAUGUCCGCACCCACACCCGGGAACAUCUGUAUUACUGCUCCCAGUGUCAUUAUUCUUCCAUCACCAAAAACUGCCUUAAACGCCAUGUCAUUCAGAAACACAGCAACAUCUUGCUGAAGUGUCCCACUGACGGCUGUGACUACUCGACUCCAGAUAAAUAUAAGCUACAGGCACAUCUCAAAGUUCACACAGCACUGGACAAAAGGAGUUAUUCUUGCCCUGUUUGUGAAAAGUCUUUUUCAGAAGAUCGAUUGAUAAAGUCACAUAUCAAGACCAACCAUCCUGAGGUCUCCAUGAGCACUAUUUCCGAGGUUCUUGGGAGGAGGGUUCAGCUGAAAGGGCUAAUCGGAAAGAGAGCCAUGAAGUGCCCGUAUUGUGACUUUUAUUUCAUGAAGAAUGGCUCAGACCUUCAGCGUCAUAUUUGGGCUCAUGAAGGUGUGAAGCCCUUCAAGUGUUCUUUGUGUGAGUACGCAACUCGUAGCAAGAGUAACCUCAAGGCUCAUAUGAAUCGUCACAGCACUGAGAAAACCCACCUAUGUGACAUGUGUGGCAAGAAAUUCAAAUCCAAAGGGACACUGAAAAGUCACAAGCUCCUUCACACUGCAGAUGGGAAGCAGUUUAAGUGCACGGUGUGUGACUACACAGCAGCCCAGAAGCCCCAGCUGCUGCGGCACAUGGAGCAGCAUGUCUCCUUCAAGCCUUUCCGCUGUGCCCAUUGCCAUUACUCCUGCAACAUAUCUGGCUCUCUGAAGCGGCACUACAACAGGAAGCACCCCAACGAGGAGUAUGCCAACGUGGGCACCGGGGAGCUGGCAGCGGAGGUGCUCAUCCAGCAAGGUGGUUUGAAGUGUCCUGUUUGCAGCUUUGUAUACGGCACCAAAUGGGAGUUCAAUAGGCACUUGAAGAACAAACAUGGCUUGAAGGUGGUGGAAAUUGAUGGAGACCCCAAGUGGGAGACAGCAACAGAAGCUCCUGAGGAGCCCUCCACCCAGUAUCUCCACAUCACAGAGGCGGAAGAAGACAUUCAGGGGACACAGGCAGCUGUGGCCGCACUCCAGGACCUGAGAUACACCUCUGAGAGUGGCGACCGACUGGACCCCACGGCCGUGAACAUCCUGCAGCAGAUCAUUGAGCUGGGCGCUGAGACCCACGACGCCACUGCCCUUGCCUCAGUGGUUGCCAUGGCACCAGGGACAGUGACUGUGGUUAAACAGGUCACUGAGGAGGAGCCCAGCUCCAACCACACGGUCAUGAUCCAGGAGACCGUGCAGCAAGCGUCCGUGGAGCUGGCCGAGCAGCACCACCUGGUGGUGUCCUCCGACGACGUGGAGGGCAUUGAGACGGUGACUGUCUACACACAGGGCGGGGAGGCCUCGGAGUUCAUCGUCUACGUGCAGGAGGCCAUGCGGCCGGGGGAGGAGCAGGCUGUGGAGCAGCCGGCCCAGGAACUCUAGAUGUGUGGCAUCGGACGGCCACAGCGCCGGGCUGCCAGGCUCUGCAGGCACUCAGGGUGGGGAGGCCGCCCUGCUUGCCCAGCCCACAGAAUGGUGCUCUCCUCUGCCCUCCCUGCCUGGCAGCCUGAUGGGACUCUCCUCAUCCAACCUGGGGUAGGCAAGGCAGUCAGCAUCACCAGCAACACCACAGGACCCUGUCCCCAGCAUAGACACACACCCCCUAACACUCAUCAUCUGCUUCCCAAAAGACGUUAGCGCCAGCCCCCCCACACACAUGUGCACACCUUCAGCCCUUGCUUCAGGAUUCAGAGACUCCCACCCCUGUCAGCAUCUUCCCUGCAUCAGAGUCCCAGCUCCUUGACCCCCAUCCAGGUGCCAAAUGUUCAACUGCAGCUGCUUUGCAGUUGGGUGAGAGGGAGAUAGCCAUGACAUAGAAAGUGACCUUAUGGUUUUUGAAUCACUGCUGUGGGAUGGGGGUAGGGGAAUUGUCCUGGCUUCAUCUACAAAGUCCCACUUCCCUGAGUAUCGAGGGCUUUUGGUCUCAAGUGAAGUAACUUCACCCCGUCAGAGGGCCUCGUCCUACCAUCCUGGAAGGAUGUUGCGCUUUUAAAAUAAAUGCACUAGUUCACUGUUCACCUCCCAUUCUAAGGAGGUGAGGUGGACGGAUAAAAAUAUUUCCCGUCUGA